ACUACUUCUAUAAAUCCAAAUAAGAUCAUUAACUGUCGUAUUAGCAGCAGCAAGACAUAUAGCAAUGCUUGGACUUGGGGCUUACCAAAGCAGCAGCGAAGAUGAUACAGAAGAUCAGGUAUCAUUACCAAGGUCAGAGAGGGAAAAGAAGGGUCUAAUUAUCACCGAAAGUUCAAAAGGCCUCGAACGGGAAAGAAAUACUAUCACACAUGCCGAGCCUAGUGGACCUGUUCUUGGACCGUUGCAUGCCGAGGAAUCAUCGGUUAUCUCUUCGGGACCUUCAUACAAUAGCACUCGAUCGCCCACUUCAGACCGUGCUCUCAUCCAGGAUUUAACUCUUCCACCAGUUCCGGAUUUAAAUAUACCACCUUCUCCUCCCGGAUCGCCAAAUCCUGCUGCCAAUGCAAAGAUUGAGCAUUUCCUUUCUCUGAAAACGAAGGGUGUGCAUUUCAACGAGAAACUGGCUGGCUCGACAUCCCUUAGGAACCCUAGUUUGCUCAAAAAAUUGAUGUCCCAUGCCGGAAUAACCGAUUCUGCACAAUAUAAUACAUCGAUGCCACUUGAGAUAUGGGACCCGGCAGGUUUACCGACCUGGGGGUUUAAAGAAGAGCUUUUCAAGAGCCAGAAAAACAUUCGCCAAAAAACAGAAGAACAAAGGCUUACGGGGCAACGCGAUUCAAUCAAAUUUGUGUCAAGUGGACACACUUGAUUCUAUAGGAUUCCCUCUUAGCCAUUGGCUGAUUGACUCAGAGAGGUAUUACUGGACGAGUCCAACUUCAGAGAAGCGCAGCAGAUAAAACUAUCACCCAUCUGUUUAAGCGAAGGCUUCUAUGCACAUAGAUGAUUGAUAGAUAGAUAUUACCCAGGGUACUGGAUGAUUGGAAGCAAGCAUUGGACCCAGCAUCAUAAUCUAAUA